AUGGCGAUCAAAGAGAGCGAAAACAAGGUAAAUGCAGAUGUGGAUCGAAAAAGAGCAGUGAAAGAAAAUAAAGAAGGAAUACCGGGUGGAAAAGUACCACAAAGAGUCGAUAAAGCUUCAAACAAAAAAUAUGAACAACGAUUAUUAUCACAGUCUCCUGCCUCAUCAUCUCCAAUAGCAGCAACUCUCACAACAUCUGCAACAAUUACAUCAAGACCCGUCUUAAUUCCAGUUACGAAUCUCUCGUUGACAUCAAUUAUGUCAACGCCACAACCAUUAUCCAAAAUAACCCUUCUACCGCAUCAUAAUUCUCCAUCUUUACCUCAAACUUUUCGAUUUGUCACAGUAAAUAAGAAUCCAGCAUUAUCGCGGACUGCAGCGACUCCUCCAACAGUUGUCGUUUUUGAAACGCAAUAG